AUGCCGCUGCGGCUGGCGAUCUGCCUGCUCGUCCUCUGCAGCCCCGCCGCCGCGCACGGUGGGAUCUGCUGGCUGCAGCAGGGGAAGGAGGCCAAGUGCACCAUGAUCCUGAAGACAGGAGUGACGUGGGAGGAAUGCUGUGCCAACGGCAAGGUAGAUGUGGCCUGGUCUAACUACACCUACCCAGGCAACAAGAUCAGUCUGCUGGGCUUCCUGGGGCUGGUGACCUGCCACCCCUGCAAAGAGACCUGCGAGGGGGUGGUGUGUGGCCCUGACAAGGUCUGCAAGAUGAAGCAUGGACGGCCCCAGUGUGCCUGCGCCCCGGACUGCUCCAGCCUGCCCCGCAAGCUGCAGGUCUGCGGCUCCGACGGCUACACCUACCGCGACGAGUGCGACCUGCUGACGGCCAAGUGCAGGGACCACCCCGACCUCGAAGUCAUGUACCAGGGCAAAUGCAAAAAGUCCUGCUCCAGCGUGGUGUGCCCUGGCACCCACACCUGCGUGGUGGACCAGACAGGCAGUGCCCACUGCGUGAUGUGCCGGACGGCUCCCUGCCCCGAGCCCACCAGCCUGGAUCACGCCCUGUGCGGCAACAACAACGUCACCUACCCCUCGGCGUGCCACCUCCGGCGGGCCACCUGCCACCGCGGCCGCUCCAUCGGCGUGCGCCACUACGGGAGCUGCUCGGCUGCGGCCAGAUUCUCCUCGGAGACGGACAACGAGGAAGAGAACUACGUGGUGUGA